AUGUUCAACAACAUCGAGACCAAACGGAAGCCCGCUUUCGGGAACUCGAAGCAAUUUACAUGGUACAAUUUUUGGAUCUGCUUCCUCAUAGCUCUCGGUCAAGUGGCGUUCGGCUACAAUGCAUCAAUCAUCUCGACCACCAUGGGACAACCAUCGUUCUUGUUGUACAUGAAGCUCCGAGAUCCGGUCACAUUCCUGCCUACCUACAACGCCUCCGCACUUGAAGGAGCACUCUCGGGUAUCUUUUUCGCUGGAUCGUGUAUCGGCGCUCUCACCUCCAGCUAUGUCAGCGACAGAUGGGGCCGCAAGGUCGGAAUCAUGUUCUGCUCCACACUUGCCAUAGUGGGCGGCACAAUGUGCUGUGCGGCUCAGAACGUGGGAAUGUUUAUCGCUUUUCGCUUCGUCGUGGGAAUAGGAGCCAAUGCAUUCGUCCCUGUGACUGGGGUCUAUGUAUCUGAGCUUGCACCUCCUGCUUUGCGCGGGUUCUUCGGCGGCUUGUGUGGUGUGUUCAUUUUGCUGGGAUAUUCUCUCGCCGCAUAUAUGGGGCUAGCAUUCUUCCACUCAACAAUUCCGGCGGUUCAGUGGCGGACUCCAUUGGGUUUGGCCAUGCUUUUCCCCGUAUUGAUGCUACUACUCCUGCCAAUCUUCCCGGAGUCUCCACGGUGGCUCUUACUCAACAGCCGAACUGAAGAGGCUGAAAAUGUGGUUCGGAAGCUCCAUCGUGGUGGGGCUGAUGAUAACUUUGUCCGAAGUGAAUUUUAUCAGAUGCGCACACAGGCAGAGUUCGACAGAACGCAGAAUUCGUCUUGGAAGGAGCUUUGGUCGACGCCAUCCUACCGAAGACGAGCGCUCACCGGUAUGCUUAUUGGUAUCUUCAGUCAAUCGUCGGCAGUGGUCGUCAUCAAUAAUUUUUCACCCAUGAUUUAUGCAGCCUUGGGCUUCGAUGUUGAGGAAACCUUGAUUCUACUUUGUGGUUGGAUCACUGGUGGCAUUUUCGCUUCCUUGAUAGGUGCAUGGCUGAUGGAUGGAUGGGGUCGGCGACCACUGAUUAUCUUUGGGUUUUCAGGCGUGCUUGGAUGCUUGAUUAUAGUAGCAGCGAUGAUUGCCUCUUUUGCAAGCCCUGUCCCAGAGAAUCCAAACAAGGCAGCAUUAGGCACUGCAGUCGCGUUCCUCUACCUGUAUAUCUGGAUAUUCGCUUCAUGUCUCGAUACGGCGAUUGUUGUCUACAUACCAGAGCUGUUUCCCAACCACCUUCGAGCAAAAGGAAUGUCUCUGGGCAUCGCUUCCCUGGCCUUGACCGAUCUCGUCCUGCUCCAAGUCACACCUACGGCCAUGAGAACGAUUGGCUGGAAAUUUUACCUGGUGUUCAUCUGCGCUACGACGGUAGCGGUGAUAUGGGCCAUCUUCGAGGUCAAGGAAACCAAAGGCCUACCUCUUGAAGAGAUUGCCGCUUUGUUCGGCGAGCGAGAGCAGGUGACAGUCUUUGCUGCAGAUGUUCAUGUGGACCAUACGAAGGACGAAGUGGUUGUUGGCUCGGAUGUAGGAGAUGUCGAACACCGUGAGAAGAGCCAAGCUCAGACUGUUGAAGGGAGAACGAUCCCAGAGGCUUGA